AUGAAGUUUUUCGCUACCAUCGUGGGCGCGGCCCUUGUCGCUACUGGCGUCUCUGCCCAGCAGGCUGUCGUGAAGAACAACUGCCAAUCCGCAAUCUACGUUCAGUCAUUCCCGUACGACGGCAGCGCGGCGGGCACAUUGACCACCGUGGCUCCCGGCCAGUCCUUUGCCGAGGAUUUCCGCCCGUCUGGUUCGACUGUGAAAAUUGCUACCACCAAAACCCUUAACAGCCCGCUCUUCUUUGGCUACUCAUUUUCCUCUAACCCAGACUAUGCUUACUAUGAGCUUAGCACGGAGUGGGGCAACCCCUUUGCCAGCUCGCAUAACAUCCUGACUCCAGGCCCUGGAUGCGAGAUCUUCGACUGCGGCCCCGGCCAGACCGACUGCUACAGCACACCCGCCCACAAGAAGGUAUACGGCUGCCCGCAGCCUGUAAACUUGGAGGCGGACAUCUGCGCUUAA